UAUACACAACUAAUGGAAUUUUCAACAUUUUCAUUGUGAACUUUUCGACCUAAUCUUCAUUAUUUGGCUGCUGAGUGGAAAAUUUGUUGCAAAAAAUAUUGAUAAGCAGCUAUUGUUAAGUAAAGCUGUUCUUUUAUACAUUUUAACUGAGUUUUAACGAAAUCUAGUAAAAAUAGAAUAUUGCGACAGCGAUAAUUUGAAAUGUUUUGAACAAGAACUUUGAAAAAUCAAUUUUUCACUAUUACAGCCAUCGAGUUUCAACAUGCUUAGAGAAUAUUUAUUUUUAUCUACGCCCAUAGUGGGGCUAAUGCUACUGUUGGCUUGUUGUCACACAACCGCUGGCAUGGAACAGGCAGCUGUGGGCGAAUUAUUCUCCUAUAAAAUUGAACCUUUGCUCUUCAAUUGGACGCAUCAAGUUAUCAGCGAACAAUUUCGAUAUCGAGUCUCAUUGGAGGGCUACGCAGAUUUACCAUCAUGGCUGCGCUACAAAUAUAGUCAUGAAUAUCAUGCUGGUUUUCUUUAUGGCACACCAACUGAGCGUUUGGCCGAUAAAACCGUGCACUUGGAUAUCGUAGCAUUGAAUAAGCAAAAUUAUGAGACGCGCGCCGUUAAGUUGUCUAUAUUUGUUGCACAAAAAUUGCCUUCGCUAAAUAUAAUACAAAUGAAAAUAGACAAUUUGAAUUGGGUGCAUCUGAUGGAUCCGGGUCGUGUAGAGAAUUUACGAAAUAUAUUCCGUACAGAUUUGUGGCCAGAAAGUGAAAAUGAUUUGUGUAUAGUUUUCAUGGAAUCGGCAGUGAAUAUGGGCGGCCGUUUACCACUGCGACCACAGCAACGAGAGGGUGUUGUUGUUCAUCUUGGCAGCUCUGCCCAAUUUUCUCCACGCAUCAAAGAAUUGCAAGAGGAGGUAAGGCCACUUUAUAAGCUGACCACUUGCACCUAUAAACGCACAUCUGUGCAAAAGGUCUUCGAAAAUGCCGGAUUCAAAUUGGAUUGGUGUGCCUUUAAGACAGUAGGCGCUGAUAUAUCGCCGGAAAUACUCUUUCACAAUUACGGGCACAAAAUUCAUCAUGAGAAUUUCAAGCGUAAUGACCGUUGGUUGGGCAUUGCACGGGAGGAUGUGCCAGAUCGCAAUUACAUAGAUGAGUUUGCUUUUGCUUUUGCCAUUCCUGGUAUGAUUUUCGCCGUACUUUUGGGUAUCUUGUCAGCGGCACUUUGCUUCCAACAUGAAAAAUUAAAUGAUCGAAACUCUGAGUUUUUCUUUGAGAAUAUUUUUCAUAUUUGUGAAGAGUCAUGCGCAAAGGAAAACGUUUAUGACUCCGACGAAGAGAGAAGUAAUAUGUCAUCAGCAUAUCAGCCAGCAACCUCAACUGUGCAAAUGGUGCAAUGUUCAAAUAGCAAUACAGAUCAGCCAGUCACGACCUUAAAGAGCUUGAAGGAUCCCAAUUGCUUGUUGGAUAAUAUUAGCAUGCGCUCACAUAGCCCCAAUAAUAGCUAUUAUCAAACAGACAGUGCAUCCAACACAUACCUACGCCCAAAGCCUCCACCAUAUAAGGGUGGCACUUUAAAUCGUAAUGGCGUCGAUAUAUGACAAUCAACCCCAAGGAUAUUAUAUUGCUAAUUGGUGCAAGAAAUGUUUGAGACCUUCCACGUAAUGGAGGCAAAUUAAAUUAUUCGUAAUCAUUAGAACCGUAUCAAUCUAUGUACUUACAAUAUUCUACUUAAUAUCUCUUCUAAUAUGAAGACCAAUGAAACAUAUGAUACUCUUACCAGUAGUUUGAGGAAAUUACUAAAAAGAUAUUUCACUGUAGACGUAGUUGUACAACGAAUGUUAAACACAAAAAUUAGCACAAUAAAUGUUAUUUUAGAAUAAUCAUAAAUUUAUAAUUAAACCACAA